GCCUUUUCGAACUCUUUGAACCUAGAAUGGAGAAUGGAUCAUAAUUUCUCACCACUCAGUGUUCACGGGGCUGCAAACGAGCCAUGCUAUUUUUUCCCCAGUGCAGGACCGUCCCAGCGUGCUUCCGGUCGUGCUCAGCCAGAUGCUGAUGACUGGACGACUGUCACAGAUCGUCGAGCGAAGAAGAAGAUACAGAACCGUGUUGCACAGCGCACUUACCAGUGAAGCAGCGCCUUGAGUCCCUGCAGAAGCAGGUGGAAAGCCUCCAAACGGAAACACUUCUCCUGGAUAGCCAAAACCACUGCAGUAGCAGUGAGGAUUCAACUUCUGCCGUAUCCGUAGAGGGCUCGCACAAUUCGCCCC